AUGUCCAAGAGGAUUGCAGACUCCCAAAUUACUCGGGAAACCUUUGGAAAUGAAUUUGAGUCUAACGAAGCUACUGGAAAGCCAACUGUUGCUUCAGAGUCGACGUUGCGGUCUAGGAAAAUAGCGAUGCCUAAGAGAAGUGCCAAUGGCUCUUCAGGUGGUGCGUUUAAAAACUUGUUUUCGUUUAAUAAGGGCAAUUCAGCUGCUAAAGAGAACACUGAAACAGCCCAGAGUGAGCAAAAUGCUAAGAUUGAAGCUGUGAAUUUGCAAUUUAGGGAUAAAGUGGUGGAAGCAACCAAGGUAGACCCUUUUGUUGAUCUAAGACCUAUAUUUGAGAAGUAUAAGACUUAUAUGCUUGAUAUAUCAUCAGCUACGCCAUCAGCCUCUGCAGCAUCUGUAGAGUCGUCUGCUCAUGUAGCGGCAGCCUCUUCGGACGCGGAUUCUGAAUCUGACCAUGAAGUUAAGGUAGAGGGGCCAAAGUUCGUUGUAGAUAAGAAGCCAACUACCACAGGUUCUGUUUUUAGUUUCGGUCCAAAGAAGAAGGAAGUAAAAGACAGUGAUAGUGAGAGUGAUGUUGAGAUUAAAGGCCCUGUUUUUAAGUUUGACGGUAAUGUAUCCAGUGAUGUCUUCAAGUUAAAGAAGGAAGAGGACAAGCCAGCGGCACCUGCCACGAAACCUACGUUUAGUUUUUCCACUGGUAACAGUGAGAAGAAAGCAGUAGACGAGAAGAAGAAUGAAGCAGUGCCCUCUUUUUCUUUCGGCGCAAUGGGUAAGAAGGACGAUGCACCAAAACCUGCGUUCACCUUCACGGCUCCUAGUGAGAAGAACAAUGAAGGGAAGUCUUCCUUCGCAUUUCCUGGUCCUGCUGAGAAGAAAAACGAACAGAAAACGGCAUUCGCAGCUACUGCUGGGGAGAAGAAAGACACCAAGCCAUCGUUCACGUUUGGGACUUCUACUACGGAAAAUACCAAGCCUCCAAGCUUCUCUUUUGGCAUAACUCCAAAACCAGAGACUUCUAAGCCGCCUUUCUCGUUUGGUGCCAACCCCCCCUCAUUUUCUUUUGGCACCAAGAAGGCUGAUGGUGACGAUUCAAAACCUGCAAGCAACUUUAAGUUCUCGCUGCCUUUUGCACAGAACUCAGCAACACUGAAUACAACUGAAAAGCAGGCAGAAUCUAAAGCCCCUAAUAAAGUAGAGGACCACGCUGCGGAAGCUAAAGAAUCUAAUGAAGAGGAGCACGCCGCGGAACCACAGUCAAACCUGAAUAUGACCAACGGUGAGGAAAAUGAAGAUGCACUAUUCUCCGAACGCGCAAAACUAAUGAUCUUUGACAGUGAAUCACAAAGUUACAAAACUAAAGGUCUAGGAGAAUUAAAGGUUUUACAGAGUAAAGAUGAUAAAUCAAAAGUGCGGAUUUUGUGCAGAUCUGAAGGCAUGGGUCAUAUUCUUUUAAACACCAAUAUCGUGAAGACAUUUACUUAUGAACCUCUUGGUCCUGAAAAUGAUGAUUUAAUAAAAUGUCCUGUUAUCACAGAAGGUAAACUAGAAACUUUUGUCAUUAGGGUCAAGCAGAAAGCUGAUGGACGUAAACUCGUGAAUACUAUCGCUUCUGUACAAGACUCUAUGUAA